AAAAAGCUGAAACUCGAGAUUGGGGCUGCCAAAUUUGCGCACGGUAGCUGGUGAACUUAACAGCCAUCAACUAACCUUUUCGGAAGCCCUUCACAGUAUAAAAGAUGAAAUUAGCGGUACUUGCUGCCCUGGUGACUUUAACGAUACUUGUAAUUGUUUCCGAAGAUGUGGUAGUGGCUAGUACAGCCCCUCCUGCUAGUGGUGGUGGUGGUGGUGGUGGUGGUGGUGGCGCCCCUCCUGCCUCUAGUGGCAGCGGCUCGUCUGGCGGCAGUGGCUCAACAGGAGGUAGCGGCUCAGGUGGAAACAAAAAUGGUGUGGAUUGUAUCCGUGUGAGCUAUGACGUCCUGGCUGUCCUAUCAACUAUUGGUUACAUGCUGGUGAAAAACUGGAACUAACUAGACAACUGACGUCAUGUGUUGGUAAAAGUCAAUACAGAAGUGUGGAAGUAAUGACAAUGCAAGUUGGAAAGAAAACCACGCCUGUGUACCUGAUAAGUAAAUGGACCAUUGGCUAUUAUACGUAAGGCUAUGGCGGUUUGUAGCUCUGACGGCGAUGCCGGUAGCUGACGUAGAGGGAAAUGGAAUUGUGUGAACUGUAUACGUGUAAGCCAUGAAGUCCUUGUUGUCUUAUCAAUUUCUGUUGCGUUGGAAAGGACUCGGAACUAAAUAGACAUCUGAUAGUGUGGUCUCUUAUAUAUAAGUGUGGAAUUCAUGACAAUGAGAAUUUGAAAGAAAAAGCCACACGUGUGUAUCUGAGCAGUUAAUAUAUUCAAUCUUGAUGUGAUGAUCAACAUUGUCUCAUAAUAAAGUUCGAAGUGAAUACAAAAUUGAUGCAUUUACCGCAAAUUGUGUGUAAAAAAUAAUUUCAUUUUUAUAUGAAUCGUAUCGGAACGUAAGGAUGAUCAUCAGUUCAUUAAACCCGUGAUAUUGUCACUUUAAUGAGGUCUUGGGUAAAGGAUUUUACCAGUCA